ACAGUUUUCAUCGAUCUUAUAGUAAUUGCUCUUGCCAUCAUCCAGUUUCUUCCGAAUAUUCUUGAUAUUAUUUUGCCAUUGGACAAACCACGACCACAUAAACUUAUUAUUAUGGCGGAAUAUUUGAUUUUUCAGGAUAAGUACUUCAUCACUAAAGCGCUGCAUGAAAUGAUGCUUAUUGCGAUAAGUGCAGUAAUUAUGUUUGCAACAGCGUCACAAUUAUUAGUAUUUAGCUACCAUUCUUUUGGGAUGUUCAAAAUUGCCAGUUAUCGAAUAGAACACUCCAUCGAGGAUAGUGUAUUGCAUGUACUACAUCCCAAAAAGGAAUACGCAAUUUACAAUAGGAUAAUGCACGCCGUAAUUGCACACCGUAGAGCUUUGGAGUUAGUAUAUCGCAUUUUCUUUGUAAUUUUUUAUAUUUAAAAUAUUCUUUUCAAAAAAAUAUUUGUCUACUUAUCUCAUUCCGAUAUUUUCGAAUACAAAGAUAUUAUAAAUGAUGUAUGUAAAAGUAUCAAAUAAGCUAUGUCACAUAGUGCAUAUGGAUGCCUAUAUCUUAUGGAUAUUUAACUUUUCGUUUCUUUUUGAGACUACUUUAAUUUCUAUUUAAUCCUUCAAUGUUACACUAUAUGUUUAGUCGCGAAAGCAACACAUUGAGUCCUUCAGUCUUGUAUAAAAUGUCUUGUAUAAAAAUAGCGAUUAUAAAGAGUAUAUUAUAACAAAUCUUUCUUUCAAUCGAAACGUCAGAUAUUAAUAAAUAUAACAGUAAUGAGCAAAUUUAUGUAUUAUUAUUAUUAA